AGGCACCUUACAGAUGCUUGAAGUCAAAGAUUUAUGUUUUAUAAGCGUGUUUUUUUCUCGUGUUCUUCUGAGGAAGUCGAAUCCAUUUUUGAUGUACCAGGAGAGUUGUGCUUCGCAGGGCAGGUGAGGAGGAUGCAGAUGGGAGGGGGUUAGUUUGAUGUAAGCCCAGCAUUGGAUGUUUCGAGAGAGGGAGUGGACGAUAUCUUUCCCUCUCUCUCUCUUUCACGCCCUGAAUCAUUAUGGAGUUAAGGAGAGAAAACCGCACACACAUGCACGCAGCCAGAAAAAGGAUGCAUGAGCUGAAACAAAAAGCACAUUAUCUGUUAACCAAGAUCUCCUCGCGGAGACCUGCGUACCCAUUAGAGCCAUGAUGAGCGUGAGGGAGAGGCUGAGCGGGACACGUUACCAAGGAGACUGAAAUGAUGGAUCGUACUAGCUACUCGGUUUACACACCGUUUCCCGAAGUCUGAAUGAACUUAAAGCUGUUAUGCCUGUCUCUGCCACUCAGGAUAACACCAUGAAGUCCCAGCAGAAGUGCAUUGCUGUGUUCGCGCUGGUUUGCUGUUUCGCUGUCCUGGUGGCUCUGAUCUUCUCUGCUGUGGACGUUUGGGGAGAGGAGGAGGAUGGGGUAACUGAGGAGAACUGCAGCAAAGAUUGUCGUAUGGUCCUUGUUGAGAACAUACCAGGAGAACUGUCAUUCAAGUCCAAUAGCACAACUCAUCUCACCCUCACAAUGGGUCUCAAUCAUCUUUUGGACCAAGCCAAGCUGUCAGUUGAGAUAGUGUCCCCAUACUGGGCCCUGACAUCCACUGAUCAGGGGUCACGGCUUUAUUCUACCUAUCAGGGCCAGUUUUUGUUUCAGAGAUUGCUAAGUCUGAAAUCUCGAGGUGUUAAAUUAAAGAUCGCCAGUGACCAGCCGAACUCCACUGAGCUGAAAGGCAUGUCCGACCGCUAUGCAGAAGUGCGCUAUGUCAACAUGAAUGCCCUCACCAAAGGAAGACUUCUGUCCUCAUUUUGGGUGGUGGACAGGAAGCACGUUUACAUCGGCAGUGCUGGCAUGAAUUGGAAGGCGCUGUCCAAGCUCAAGGAGCUUGGUCUUGUAGUGUACGACUGCAGUUGUUUAGCUCUGGACCUGCACAGGAUUUUUUCAUUGUAUUGGCAGCUGCAGUACAGAGACUACAUCCCUUCGAUCUGGUCCAAGAGAGUUACAGCCGUGUUCAACAGACAAGAACCCCUCAAGCUCAGACUCAACAAUACAGACGCAACCGCAUACGUGUCGACGUCACCACAGCUUUUUUGCCCAAAGGGUCGAAGCAGAGAUAUAGAUGCCAUGCGUCAGGUGAUCCAAAAGGCGAGGAGAUUCAUCUAUAUCUCCGUAACAGAUUACCUGCCCCUAGUGAACCACAGCUUGCCAGAAUCAGGGAUUAUAAGAUACUGGUCACCAGUUGACGAGAUGCUCCGGGAGGCUGCGGUCCUGAGAGAGGUCAAAGUUCGUCUCCUAAUAAACAUGUGGACACGCACACACCCGUUGACAUAUAACUUUAUGACAUCAAUGCAGGCGCUGUGCACAGGGCUUCCCGGCUGCUCGGUCGAGGUGAGAUUUUACAAAGGCAAGGAACAGACGGGUGGAUUUCAGCAGAGAGUAAAUGAGAAUAAAUUCAUGGUGACAGACAAUGCGGUAUACAUCGGGAAUCUGGACUGGGUUGGCAGUGAAUUUGCCUUUAACGCAGGAGUCGGGCUGGUGAUUGAGGAGUCCCAGAACCAGACUGAGGACGGGCAGAACUCUAUUGUAGAGCAGAUGACUGCCGUAUUCGAAAGAGACUGGUUUUCACCCUACACAAUAAGCCUGCAGGCUGGCAGGAACAUCCUGCAAGAGAGCCCAAACACGUGGCAGAAACUACAGGCACUGAAGAUAAAACCACAAAGCACAGAACGUAAAUGAGCGAAGGGGGGGAGUUUCUCUAAAGCGGGACCAAUGAGCAAAGCACACAACCGUGCCUCGGAAAAUUUGUGCCAUGACUCUUAACAUGUCAAUGGAACUCAAUUAUAAUCUUUAAAGGAUUUUUGUGGACCAUUUUUUACAAUUUUAAUAUGUUUUCCUGUAAUACAGGACAGUUAUAAUGCAUGCUUAUUUAGAUAAGCAACUAGUGUGUGUGUGAGGACUGUCGUCUAAAUAUUUAAAAACCAAAAUAUUCAGAUCUUGGGCUGCUCAUGGAGAAUUUUCAUGAAAGGACAUUGCCAAAUUUUUAUAAUGUUUGUGUAAGUAGGUUUUCAUCAAAAUGCUAAAUAGCUCAUUAACAUAUGCAUUUUUUUAAUAGUAGAUAUUUUUUUCGAAAAUACAAAGAGACUUUGCAUAUUGCUUUCCGUUUAACUAAAUAUUAUAACAUGUCUAUAUAUGCAAAAUGUUUACAUGAUACCGCAUGCACAAUUUUUUCAAGCUUGAUCCAAUAAUCACAUGCACAUGAGAACUUUUAUAUAGAAUGCAAGCAAAGCUUACACCCUUUAAAUAUAGCUCUAUAGAGUAGAUUGAUGUGUAAUUAAACUAUAUAUAGGCUAUACUGCGAAUUGCUCGCCUUUAACAUUGAUUCUAUAGCAUGUCUUGUCCUCAUAUAUGCUGCUAUAAACUGCUAUUGUUGCUUCCUGGAUGACUACCUCUUAUUAUGCAAUGCAUUUUAUGAUAUACUCAAUACAUGCAUAUUAUGAAACUGCUUGCUGUAGCAUAGGUAAUAUAUUGGACUGAGUUAUAUUCCCAUGUGCCUAUGAUAUUGGUUUUUGUACAUUGAAUGCUAAUUUAAUAAUAUCCCUUUACGAGUAUAGCACCCCCCUGAUUGACUGUUAUAAUUAAAUAUUAAAGAGUUCAUUAAACGUUGA